CGCCGCUCGCACAUUGUCAUCGACGUCAAUGCGUCAAACAAUCUUCUUCCAGCUAGCUUUCAAUAAGAUAAUAGGUUGCCGGCGAAAUUAUUUUCAUUUAUUUACAGUGUAAACUGUUUAAAAUCAAAUUUAUGUUAUGAUUAACCAUUGGUGUUAAAUAAACUGCAUCCAACAUGACCGUAGAAACGCAACCUAGGGCAAAACUGCCAUACCUCUCCUCCGAUAAACAGCUAACGUUUAUAAAAUUGGCUGUUCUAUCAAUGGCAGCAAUCUUAUCAUUUGCAACUAGAUUGUUUUCGGUGCUUCGUUUUGAGAGUGUUAUCCACGAGUUUGAUCCAUAUUUCAACUAUAGAACUACUCGUUACCUCACAGAGGAGGGUUUCUACAAUUUCCACAACUGGUUUGAUGAUCGAGCAUGGUAUCCAUUGGGCCGUAUUAUUGGAGGAACAAUAUACCCCGGUUUGAUGGUGACAUCGGCCACACUUUAUAAUAUUAUGCAGUUUCUAAAUAUAACAAUAGACAUAAGAAAUGUCUGUGUCUUCCUUGCACCUUUUUUCUCAUCUCUAACUACAAUUGUCACAUAUCUGCUAACUAAGGAACUUAAGGAUGAAGGUGCAGGCUUAGUUGCUGCAGCAAUGAUAGCCAUUGUACCAGGCUACAUCAGUCGGUCAGUUGCUGGGAGUUACGAUAAUGAAGGCAUUGCUAUAUUCUGCAUGUUGCUCACGUACUACUUUUGGAUAAAAGCAGUUAAUACAGGAACCAUUCUGUGGGCUACGAUGACUGCUCUUGCCUAUUUCUACAUGGUGUCCUCUUGGGGUGGUUAUGUCUUCCUAAUCAACUUGAUACCACUUCACGUGCUAGCACUGAUGUUGUUGGGUCGUUUCUCUGCCCGUGUGUAUGUGGCGUAUAGCACGUUAUAUUGUGUUGGCACAAUACUUUCAAUGCAGAUCUCAUUUGUUGGCUUCCAACCUGUACAGAGCUCGGAGCAUAUGUUGGCUCUGGGUACAUUCGGUCUGUGCCAACUUUAUGCGUUCGCCCAGUACUUGCGUGCGCGUCUCUCGCCCGCCAACUUCGAGCUGCUGUUCCGGGCGUUGCUUACUACAUUGUUGGCAACACUGGGCACCGCUGUGGUCGCUCUUACUGUCACUGGAAAAAUUUCACCAUGGACGGGAAGAUUCUACUCCCUGCUUGAUCCUUCUUAUGCUAAGAAUCACAUUCCUAUUAUUGCAUCUGUGUCUGAGCACCAACCUACAUCAUGGUCCUCGUUCUACUUCGACCUGCAAGUGUUGGUGUUCCUCUUCCCCGCUGGAUUAUACUUCUGCUUCAGCAAACUCACAGAUGCCAACAUAUUCAUCAUACUAUACGGAGUGCUCAGUAUAUACUUUGCGGGUGUGAUGGUCCGGCUUAUGUUGGUGCUGGCUCCGGUCAUGUGCAUCGUGUCCGGCGUGGCUGCGUCCAGUCUGCUCAGUCUGCACGUCAAGGAUAUAGAACCCAAAGUAGAGAAACAUGAAAAGAAAAAGAAACACGAGAACAAUUUUGUAUUCCGCUCCGAGGUGGGCACAUUGUUUGUAUGCGUGCUGGGCUGCCUGCUGGUGUCGUACGUGUUCCACUGCACGUGGGUGACGUCAGAGGCGUACUCCUCCCCCUCCAUCGUGCUGUCUGCGCGUGCGCACGACGGCGCCAGGAUCAUAUUCGAUGACUUCCGUGAGGCGUACACCUGGCUCAAGAUGAAUACACCUGAGGAGUCGAAGGUGAUGUCGUGGUGGGACUACGGGUACCAGAUAACAGCGAUGGCGAACCGCACAGUGAUAGUGGACAACAACACGUGGAACAACACACACAUCUCACGCGUGGGCCAGGCCAUGGCCUCCAGCGAGGAGCGCGCAUACGACAUCAUGAGAGAGCUCGACGUAGACUACGUGCUCGUUAUAUUCGGUGGACUGGUUGGCUACUCUUCUGAUGAUAUAAACAAGUUCCUGUGGAUGGUGCGCAUCGGCGGCAGUACGGAGCGCGGCGCGCACAUCCGCGAGGCUGACUACUACACGCCGGCGGGAGAGUUCCGCGUCGAUGCUGACGGUGCGCCCACGUUGCUCAACUGCCUCAUGUACAAGAUGAGCUACUACAAGUUCGGUCUCGUCUACACAGAGGGCGGUCGUCCCCCGGGCUUCGACCGCGUGCGCGGCGCGGAGAUCGGCAACAAGGAUUUCAACCUGGAUGUGCUGGAGGAGGCCUACACUACGGAGCACUGGCUCGUGCGCAUCUACAAGGUGAAGCCGCUGCCCAACCGCGGCCUCUGAUCAUCACCACACACCAGUAAUCACCAUCACUGACCAACACCAGUGAUCAUCACUCUUAAGUAAUCGUUGAGAUUAAUGUAUGUCUGUUCUAUGUGCUCGAAUUUCAUUCAUUUGUAUUUGUUGAAGUCUCGCAACCUUUAUUAUCUUGCACUAAUUACAAAUCAUGUAUUGGUCAAGCUCUCUAUUGAUUAAAUUUUUAAAAUCAGUUUAAUAGUUUUAUAGUUAAAUCUCAGUCAAACCUAUUCACUUUAAAAUAAUAUUGCAUAUGUUACAAAGGUUAAAGUUGACUAAGAUUGCGAGAUUUAUACAUUUAUGACGCAAUUUCUAUCAAAGGUGUAACUCAACGUGAAUCUUGUAAAUGUACAAUAAUGCUAUCUCCGUUUUCCCUGAGAGAAUGAGAGGGAUGGUCAUAUUGAUAUAGGAUAUUGAGGAAAUUCACCGUAUGAAAAUCUAAUACAUUUCAUAUUCAUAUUAAUUUACAACAAUACUGUAAGUGUAAUUAUAAAAAAAACAUUGAAACUGCACACUAAUGUGUUCAUAUAAAUCAAAUUAAUAUAUGUUUUUAAUGGAAACUGUUUAUUUUUUUUUAACUGGUUACGUUAUAACUAAAAUCAAUGAUUUGAUUACUAAAAAUAUGUCCUUAAAAUUAUUGAUGUACAAAUCCUUACUAUCACUUGUCAAAAUCAUGGCCAUUUAUGUCAUUAAAUUGUCCAAAAAAAAACAAUAAUUUAACUGUUUGAGUGAAGUUGUAUACAUUUGAUACAUAACCUCAAAACAGUCAUUAAACAGAGAACUAUGCACUUGCCAUUUCUAUUGGUCCACAUUUAAUGGGGUAUUACUGGUUGCACGCAACUUCAAAUAAAAAAAACUAGUAAUAUAGUGUACGUCACCUGGGGAUAGUGUAGUUUGAACAGUGCAAGAAUUUUUCAAAUUUGUUCAAUAGUUUCAAGAAGCAAUCAAAUCUUCACUCUUUAUAUUAGUACAGGUGACAGUUGUUGGUGAUUGGUCAGUGUUGUAGACAUAAUCCUAUUGAGGUGAGUAACCAGGAUACUAGAAAUCUGGCUCAAAGUAGAACAUACCUUUAAAUGUCAUUUUAAAGGUGACAAGUUCCCUGCUGUGCAAAAGCACUUUAUCUUAGGUAGUUAGAUAGAAUAUUGUAAUUGUUAAUAUAAUGAAUUUCUCUGUUAUAAUUAAAAUUUAAGAUAAUUAACAAUUUACUUUUGGGAUAACAAUAUUUUAUUUUUUAUAUUGAAAUAUUGGAUCAGUUAUAAACAGUUAAAUAUCAUAUAAUUUAGCAUUCGGUAGUGCGAGUUCUAAUACAAAUGUAAAAACUGAAAAUUUUGAUAAUAUAUGUAUUUUACAUGCACAUUAUUUCAUAUGGCAAGUUUAUAAUCUGAAGUUAGACAUGCGAAAGGAUACUCAUUGUUUGUUAAAAAAAUUAUUCUUUUCAAAAUUACUUUCCAAAAACUUUGGGUAGAUAUUAAAAAUUAUAAAAUUUUAUAUAAAAUCUGCUAACACGCAUAUAUUUCGAUAACGAAUAAAUCCGUGAUUGUUAGCCAAUUAUAUAUAGUUCCUUUAAUUACUUACUCUCUUAUAAGAAAAAAAGUUUUCUAAAAAUUAUACUUUUAAAUAAUAUAUCUGUCGCGACGCUAACUUCAGAUAUAGACUUAUUAGUCACAAGUUAGUUUAACUUAUAUAGUGCAUUUAAAUAUCUAGAAUAUUUAUGUAUUAGCAGCACAAAUAUUGGUAUAAUUAAAAGCAGUUUUGGUAGCCAUAGACCCAAUCUUAUGUGUAUGAAGAACUGUUUUAAUUCCUUUUUAUAUUUUUAUUUGUAAUAAAUUUUUAUUGAUAAACA